GGUAACGGCGUGGGAAACUGUAGCUAUGUUUUUUGAAUUUAUUGUUAUGCAAAAACCGAUAAAAAAUGCAUUAUAAAUAUCAAAUUACGCGUGAAAACCAAACAGAUAGUGCAAACGACACAAACGAAAACGAGAAAAUUCCUCCUAUAAUACACAAAACAACAAGAUGAACUUCUAAGUCGAUUCGCGUUCAACUAUUAUACCAUUAACUAAAAUGGUAAGAAGUAAGGACUAAGUGAUAACUAGAAUUGCUGAUUUUUUUCUGCAUACUUGAAAUACAUAUUGCUGAGACUGUAUUUACCCAAUAAAAACGUGGUAACCAUAGAAUUGAUAAUAUUUCAUUCUCAAUACAGGAAAACGCGAGUACUAACAAUGGUUUUACCACAAGUGAAGGCACAUUGAUGAUGAUAGUCAUCAUUAAUUUUACUUUGGAAGUAAACCAUCCUCUAUAAUCAAUCAACUUUUUCAUCAAAAUAUGUUGUUAAAUCUACGAAAAGAGCCAAAUGCAGCGAUCAUGUCAUUUUAUGGAAAAAAAGCAAGAGAAAGUGAUUAACAAUUACGUUGGGACUUUCAACGACCUUGACAAUGCAUCUGAGAGCAAAGAACAACAUGUUAAGGAGGAUCAAAUGAUGUGUUUUGAACUUCCAACUGGCAAGAAAGGAUUCAUUGGUGAAAUUGGAUUCUCAUUCGGUGGUAGUAUGUUUGAUGAAACAGGAGAUGUUAGUGAAUGGACGGCCACGCCAAUACUUGUUGAGAAUGUUACUCGAGGCAGUAUAGCAGAGAAAGCUGGUCUAGAACCUUAUGACGAAAUCAUUAAGAUCAAUGGUAUAACAGUUGCUUGCGCGGCUCGUUCGCUGCCAGUCUCCUUGAUCAAACAAUGUGAUAAGAAAAUGAGAAUUCUUGUAAGAAAAGGAAAGGGACGCAGGAGAACAGAAAAUAUUGUUUUUAGUAACGAACAAAUGACAGAAUUUUAUGACGCAUUUUCAAUAUAUGAUCGUUUAAAUAAACGGAAGAUCUUCGUCAAAGACGUCCUCGUUUGUUAAGAACAUUAGGAUACAAUGAAACAUCCCUUGACAUUGAUGAUGCAAUUACUACAGCUCGAUUUUAUACGGGAGAAUUAG